UGCUUCAGGAGGCAUGGCGAAACAUAUAAGAGAAAUCCAUCACCCGUGGUCUCAAAGUUAGAAGGCCAUUUCCGUCUCCUUCCAUCAGCAGAAGCCCCCCUCCUCCGUGCUCGCACUGACAUUUUAUCGAACAGUUGUCGACCCGGAAGACCCAGCCUCCCGCGCUGAUCGAAGACCGUGUACCCAUCGGUCCCUUGGAAGCUCGUGCUCGAUUUCUUCCGCACGGCGAGCUUCGCCGGGCUAACGACGUCGCCGCCGGAGUCGUCAUUCUCCUCCCGGCGGCGGCCGGCAUUCGCACCGGUUCUCGUCGUGGUGAAUCUCUACGCACGAUGGCUUCUACGAUGACCACAAAUCCUCGUGGGGCUUGGCUCUUGACCGCGAGGUUCAAGUUUCUUGUGUGAAGGUUCCGUUUUGCUGGUUCUUCCCAUCCUCUGUGAGGGAGAGAAUGUCGUUUUUCUGGCUCGACCUGUGACGGUUCUCAAAGACUCCUGUUAGGGUUUCGUAAUGGAUGCCAAGGACAUUCUCGGGCUGCCCAAGAACCAGCUUCCCAUCCCCCAAGAGAAGAAGUCUAGGCCUCCGAAGGAGCCUCAGAGGAAGCCCGAUGGCAUUUCGCGGGAGGUUUAUGCGCUUACCGGCGGUUUGGCGCCUCUCAUGCCGUCAGUUGAUGCUUCUCAAUUGAGACGACAUCCUCCUCCGGACGAGAAGAUUACUUGGCAGUGGCUACCUUUCACAAAUUCUGCUAGAAAGGAUGAUUUGCAGCUCUUCCAUUGGGUCAGAGUCGUGAAUGGUGUUCCACCAACUGGUGAUUAUGCUUUUGCCAAAUACAACAAGUCUGUCAACAUUAUUAAGUAUACCGAUGAGGAGUAUGAGAAGUACUUGACUGAUCCUACAUGGACCAAAGAAGAGACAGAUCAAUUGUUUGACUUGUGUGAAAGGUUUGAUCUCCGCUUUAUUGUGAUAGCUGACAGGUUUCCCUCAUCUCGCACAGUGGAGGAACUGAAGGAUCGCUAUUAUAGUGUAUCUCGUGCUCUUCUGAGUGCUAGAGCUGCUCCAGGAGAUAUCGCCAAUGACCCUCUUGUAAAGGAACCUUACAAUAUGUCACAGGAAGUAGAGCGCAAACGUGCCUUGUCAAUGGUCCUCUCUCAAACAAAACAUCAAGAGAGAAAAGAUACUGAGGUACUGGCUGAAGCAAAAAGGAUAACAGAGUCACGCAUGGCUGCUAAGGGCCCUGAAGAGUCUGAGUUGCCCGUAGCAGCAAAUAUUGGUCCUGAAAAUAGUCAGAGAGCUGUGGUCAGUGGUGACGCUGUAACUCCUUCAAAUGCUACACUUCCCUCUGCUAUCACUGCAUCGUCAACAUUAAUGGCAGACAAUGCAUCUACUCUUGCUUCUCUUCGCAUGCUCCGUGUGUACUUGAGAACGUAUGCUCUUGAUCAAAUGGUGCAAGCUGCGAGUGCAUCUGCGGGACAUCGGACAAUCAAGCGGGUUGAGCAAACGUUGCAAGAACUUGGGGUGAAUUUGAAACCAAAAGUUCCAACCAAAGCUGUUUGUGCGGAGCAUCUUGAAUUAAGGAAAGAGAUAUUGAGUCUUCUCAAUCUUCAGAAGCAGCGCACGCCCCGAGGGGACCAGGAUCGGCCAUUUAUGCCUGACCCUCUUAGUUUUGGAGGUGAUAGAUUUGGCAAAAGGGACCAGAAACGCAAGGCACCUGGAAGAUCAUCAGAAGCUGCACAAUCCCCAUCUCAAUCUAAAAGGCCUCGCAAGAUGAAGGCUUCUGACAUCUAGUCAUGGGAUGAUUGACUUUUGGGCUAUUGGUAACAGUGGCUUGCAGCAUGAUGGUCUGACGCAAAAUUUGUGCUUCCCCAGAUGCUUGGUGAACGAUUAAGCACGAAAAGCAGAUGCAGCUCCCUCGAGAUUGCUUCUUUUUGUCGGAUUUGGAGUUGAGCCGAAGCUUAGACAUCAAUGCUGAGCUUUUCCUGGAAUGAGUUGGUACACAUGACAAUUACUCAUCAACGUUCGGGUGCCUGUCCUGAUCAUGAAAAUCCUGCUUCCUUAGCUGACAUUACAUAUAUAUAGAGUGACUACCGUGAAACGCAAUGAAAAGAAGUCAGCAAGUGGGAAGAGGUACUAUGAAUAUAAGACUUAUGUUACAGGGGAUUGAUGUUAGAACAUCUAGGGCACCUCCAUGGUUUGUUACCCCAGCAAUUUACCUUCUUUUUUAUUGCAAAGUAGAUACAGAUGCAGAUUAUUCUAGGAUAAAGCUCGUGUCUUACAGGGAUGCGGCAUUGUAUACGGCUCAAUCGGGAUACUGAUCGUGUGAUGAUCGCAUUUACUUGAUGAAUUUGGCUUGCCAUACCCCUCUCUGUCUCUCUCUGAGUUUGAUUGGUGUCUUGCAGUUGAGUCCACCAUUGUGGAAGAGUUGUAAGGGCAAAGAAAUUAGGUGGGUGAUUCAUCAGAGACUCUGGGUAAUCACAAUUAUUCAUUCGUGUGUCAUUUGGGUCAUUCAUUAUUGUUACCCAGCACCUAAAUUGGACAAUGCGAUUUUGGAUUUUGUUGACUGUGUACGGUUGCCCUUUGCCGCCCAAUGUCGACAGAGUUGUACUGCAAAUGCAUGAAAGAAAUGGAGAGUUCCUCAUAAAGGAUGAAAGGGAAAGAGAGCCAAAAGAAAUAGGGAUGUUUGUCAACUUGACCUUGGUCAUCUGAAGCAAUUUAAUUCAAAUGCUGGUGGUGGAGACUGAACAGAACCGAGUCAAGUGACAUAUGAGUUUAAGCAACAGAGGAAAAGGGCAGUAGUAUAGUGGUUGUGUAAGGCCAUGAUAAGGGCAAGAAAGUGCAUGACAGAGAGUAAUUUGCUCGACGAUGAUGAGGUAUCCUGUUCGGUAACGAAGGUCGAGGCAGGUUAUAAAAUUUUAUAACAAGUUAGUUCAUUUCUGUCAGAAAUCAUGCUGUCAGGGUGUUGAGUGUUCGAGAACGACCAUUGUCGAUAUAUGUCAUGGAUUGAUUCUUAUGCAGCCUGA